UAGACGUCAGAAACGUGUUUUGUAGUGAAGUUUUAUUGGGGAAGAAUUGAAUUAAAAUGCAAAGUAUCGCGCAUAUGUGGAAUCUUGUAACACAUCUAUCGAAGAAUUAUGUAGCAGGGAAUAAUCUCCAGAAUUAUUAUGUUGGAUGUUGUUGGGACUUGAAGCAGGAAAUCGAAUUGCCGAACAAUAUCUUCGGUCCUACCAAGAUGUGCCAGUCUUGCGGAUCACUUUGGUCUCAAGUAGCACACAAAGUGAGGGUGUGGCGUGGUCAAAGGCCUGGAAAGUCUGUGGAAAAAUUGAUGACACGAAAGAAUGAUGAAAAGUUGAAUAGCAAAGUCAAACAGACUCUAUUACGUAAGUCAGAGAUGAAUAAAGCAAACAAGCUUGUGAUCACAUGUUCGUACUGUCAGAAGGAUACUAGGAUAAAAAUGACCAAACCCGCAAGACUGAAACCCACUCGGAACCAAGAUGAUGCAGUGACUGCGUCGACAACUGUGAAAAAGCGGAAAAAGAAGACUAAGGAUAAAUCUGCAGGACUUAUUAUAACCAAGGCGAAUGACGCGACUCCAAUAGUAUCUAAAACUCCCAAAAUUAAACAGACUAAUUUAGGAAAGCUUGGAGUCAUGGUAGUGAAAAAUAUUACACCAUCCAAAAAUAGCCCGCUACAUAAUUUCAUCACAGGCUUAAGUUAGUUAAUCAAUGACGAAGUAUUUAUCAAUUAAUCGUGACAAAUAAAAGUAUUUCUGUAUUUUUACAA